UUUUACACAGGUUUAGCGUAUUUCGAACAAUCCGAUUAUGAAACGAGUAUCAGGUACUUUGGUGAAGUGCAUGAUAAGGAAUCCUUUCGCCUUGAAUACAUGGAUAUUUAUUCCACAGCCCUCUGGCACUUACAGAAAGAAGUAGCUCUUUCUGCUUUAGCUCAAGACUUAAUUAAUACUGACAAGAACUCACCUGUUACGUGGUGUGUUAGCGGAAACUGUUUCUCUCUACAUAAGGAACAUGACACAGCAAUUAAAUUUUUCCAGAGAGCAGUCCAAGUAGAUCCUAAUUUUCCUUAUGCGUAUACAUUAUUAGGUCACGAGUAUAUAACGACAGAGGAGCUGGAUAAAGCCAUGAGUUGUUUCAGGAAUGCUUUAAGGCUGGAUCCAAGGCAUUACAAUGCUUGGUUUGGUAUCGGCACUAUAUAUUCUAAACAGGAACGUUAUCAACUAGCCGAGAUGAACUACUGCAAAGCGUUAUCCAUAAACUCCAAAAGCUGUGUCAUCCUCUGCCAUAUUGGCGUUGUUCAGCACGCUCUCAAAGAGACUGAGAAAGCUUUGGCGACGUUCAACACUGCCAUAGCUAACAACUCCAAAAGUCCUCUUUGCAAGUUCCACAGGGGCUCCAUCUAUUUUGCUUUGGGUAGGCACGCAGAAGCAUUGAAGGAACUGGAGGAACUCAAAGAGAUCGUACCAAAGGAAUCUCUGGUUUAUUAUUUAAUAGGAAAAGUUCACAAAAAAUUAGGGAAUACAGAUCUUGCUCUUAUGCACUUUAGUUGGGCAACGGAUUUGGAUCCAAAAGGAGCUAGUAGUCAAAUAAAAGAAGCUUUCGAUCCCUCUGUUGCAAGAAGUUCAACAGAUAAUGAUGCACCUCUUUCACCUGCUCCAGAUGAGUACCAGUCUGAAAGUAAUUCCGGACAGAGGUUUGGACCGCUUAAUUUUAAUGGCUUGCCAGAUGAUACAAAUGAAAAAAAUAGGUUGAAGAAUUCAAUACUUGAUGAGUAGCAUUUGGAACCUCUGGCUUAAAAUUAAACUGUGACAACACAUUUUUCUCACCAGAACAAAAAUGCUGUCCUCGGACAUGCAUUUCGCUAAUCAAGUUAGCAUCAUCAAGAGAUGACUAAAACUACUUCUUACAGCUAUGUUAAUGUUUUAUAUGCUUCUAGACGAAUCAUUACCUUGCAUAAUGAGGAUCAUUAAAUUAAUUCCUAGUAUUUUGUUAUUGUUCCUAAUGUUAUUUACUAUCUGUCUGAUACCUAAUCUUUGCCUGUAAUUAUGUAAGAGUCCGAACAAUGGGCUGUUAGGAAUGGCACUUUCAUCACCGUUCAUACAUCUCAUUCCACAUUUUUCAAUUUCUAAAUUUCCGAAGGCAUCUGAAAACUUGUUGUCUCAACAAUUUCAAGUAUUCCUCACUUAAAAUAAAUUGAUGGGCAUAGCCGUUACUACUUGGUAGGAUAUCAUA